CACUUUAUCUUGCACUAUUUUCACGAUUAUAUAAAUCUUUCUUUAGGAAAAGCUUCAGGACAAAAUGGCCGAUACCAAGAACUCUAACAGCCAGGUGCUUGGCUUUGUUGCCGACCUCGCCGCCGGUGGCAUCUCCGCUGGUGUCUCCAAGACCAUUGUUGCCCCCAUUGAGCGCGUCAAGCUGCUGCUCCAGGUCCAGGCCUCGUCUGACCAGAUCACCGCUGACAAGCGCUACAAGGGCAUCAUGGACGCCUUCCGCCGUAUCCCCGCCGAGCAGGGUGUUGGCUCGUUCUGGCGCGGUAACAUGUCGAACGUCAUCCGCUACUUCCCCACGCAGGCGCUCAACUUUGCCUUCAAGGACAAGUACAAGGCUAUGUUCCCCAAGUACAGCCCCAAGACCGACUUCUGGAAGUUCUUCGGUGCCAACAUGGCGUCGGGCGGUAUGGCUGGUGCCACCUCCCUGAUGUUUGUCUACCCCCUUGACUUUGCGCGUACCCGCAUGGCCGUCGAUAUCGGCACUGGCGCCAACCGCCAGUUCACCGGUCUCGGUAACUGCAUCUCCACUAUCUACAAGAAGGACGGCAUGGGCGGUCUGUACCAGGGCUUCGGCAUGUCCGUUGUUGGUAUCAUUGUCUACCGUGCCGCUUACUUCGGUGGUUACGAUACCCUCAAGCAGGUUGUCUUCGGCAACAACAAGAACCCCAACUUCUUUGCCUCGUGGUUGGUUGCCCAGACCGUCACUGUUGUCGCUGGUCUUAUCUCCUACCCCUUCGAUACCAUCCGUCGUCGCCUCAUGAUGCAGUCUGGCCGUGCCGUCAAGCUGUACACUGGCCCCGUUGACUGCCUGCGCAAGCUGUACGCUGAGGCCGGCAUCAAGGUCUUCUUCCACGGUGGUCUCUCCAACAUCAUCCGCGGUACCGGUGGUGCUCUGGUUCUUGUCUUCUACGACAAGCUCCAGGAGUGGAUGGGUCUCAAGAAGUAAGCGAACUUUUAGCCAUACCAUUUUUUUAAAGUUUGAAAAUUUUUUGUUUAAAUAUUCUGCUUGAAAAUUCACAUAAAA